UACCUCCCUCACUUGUAUGAAGAUAUGGUUUCGCUGGGUUGAUCCCAGACACGGCGCAGUGGUGGUGUCAUGGUAGAUCCUGUUCAAACAACAAGAGAGGGAACUUGACAUCCUCAAGAUGCAUCUAGGAUUUCCAAGUCGGCUUUUGGUCGAGAGGGGGUGGCCUGGAUCAUUUAAUCCAUGUGACAUACCAAAUCCCUAUUGCCCUAGCAAACCUAAGAACCCGUUCGGCGGCGGCGGCGGAUGGGAGAAAACGUCUUCCUCUACUCUUACAACUACGUCACAGAAGCCCACGCCAACUCUGGAGCCCACGAAGCCCGUUCCAGCUCAACCAACAACACCGGUCCAGCCAGAGCACACAGCCGACUCCGCUCCCGCCCCGGCCUCUCCAAAUCCUGUACCGGCGCCAGCCGCAACAUCACCAGCCACGGGAGGGUCGCCAAAUGAUCCUGGCGCGUCCACACCACAGGGGCAGCCAGAUCAACCCAACCCCAACGCUGCAGAGACGCCAGCCAGCGGAGCCAGCCCGGGACCUGAUAGCCCGAAGGCGGACGCUCCCGAGAGUACCAACAAGGCCCAAACCCCAGGUUCGAAUGGCGUUGCCGGAUCCUCGCCAUCGCCAUCGACAAGCCCCGAGGGCGGGCCCAAACCAGCCGAGACUAAUGACGGCAGCACAGGCCAGUCUGCCGGCUCGCCACCCGGGCCAGCCGCAGCCCAGUCUGGCCCUUCGUCGGGUUACAACCCCCAGGCCUCGACUGGGCCUGGGAUUGGAGGAACAGGCGGAUCAAGCACCAGCUCCACGAGCGGCAACACAGACACGGGAGUGGGGACGGGAGUCGCGAACGGGGCCGGAAGGGGAACAGGUACGGGCACAGGCACAGGAACAGGAGGCACAGGCACGGGGUCAAGCACUGGCACUGGCGCUCGUCAGUUUUCACUUGCUGAAUCUUCCAACUCAGGUCUACCGCCGGGCGCCAUCGCCGGUAUUGUCGUGGGCGUCCUUGCGCUUAUAAGCCUUGCAGCCCUAUUAUUUCUGUUUCGAAGAUCGGCCCUUGUCCACCGGCUGUUCAGAGGCCCCCCUCCACCUUACUCAUCCGCGGGAGCUGACGGCAUGGGCAACAAUUUGCUGGGCGCGGAAACUGCGGCGGGAGCUGGCGCCGCUGCGGCGGCGGCGGCGGCGGCGGUGGCUGCGGCAGGGUCCCGCGCACAGCCGCCCAUGCGAGAGGCAGGCCCCGCCCCCGGACUCCUUGUGCCUGGUGCAGCGGGGGCACGGCCGGACCAGACGAACCGCAUAUCGUCGCCAUCCCCGGCAAGCCCGCCGACCAGUCCGGGGCCCGUAUCUCCGCUAUCGUCGACGGGCUUCUUGGCGGCCGGGGCGACGUACUCGUCGCGUCCCGACUCGCUGGUCCCGCCGGGCGGUGCCCGUCUCAACCGCCCCCCGAGCGGCGGCAGUCUCGGCAGUCUCGGCAGCCUCAGCUCUAGCGGUACUGUAUUCCCGCCCGGUGGCCUCGCGGCGUUCCCCAUGCCGCCGUCAGUCACAUCGUCUCCCGUUAGCCGUACCGCGUCCACGUCGCCGCCGUUUAUAGACUUUCACGAGUCGAGCGAGACGGUGGUGCGCAUUCCCAAUCCCCGGAGAUCUGGUGCGUGGGGGUGAUUCACCGCCGCUCUUUUGGAGAGGAUGCCUUAUUCUCGCCCUCCUUAUUCCUUCCUUGAUUGCUUCAGCACUUGCAUGCAUAGCGCGCGAAUACAGCUCAUUACGCGCAACGGAAAACAAACACACGCUACGCUACGAUUCGCACACACUCUCAUUGCUUUUAUCUCUCUAUAGUUGAUGACAGUGGGGCGGAAUCACGACGAAUUGAUGUAAUCUUACGCCUUUCCCACGCAA